GAAUACAAGCCAAGAUGGCGUUCGAUGGAAACGACGAUAUUGUUCUCGUUCAUUUUGCUUGUCCUUAACAAGCACCUUCGCGCACACAUAUACGUCCUUUAAUAACGUAAACAUCGUCCAUAAUUGUUUGUCGUCGGGACACAUUAGUCAGUUUAAUGCUAGCUUAGCUUGCGAGUUAGCUUAGCUUAGCUUGUUAGCUGCUAACAAAGCGAACCGGAAGUUGUUUAAACAUCGCUAAACGGAGAUCAAGUGUGCGUUUAAAGUGUUGUGAUUGUGUGGAAAAUGUGCGAAAGGACGAUGGAAGAGAACGAGGGGGAACUUUCUAGAACCAAAGAGGAGAAGGAGCGACAACAUCAACUCCUGGACGUUUAUUAUAAGAAACAUCAUCAAGUUGUGUUACACAGAACAGACGUCAGUGAAGAACAUCUUCCACCCGAGCCACAGCCCGCCCACGUUAAAGAGGAAGAACACGAGUGGCAGCCCACUCGCGUUAAAGACGAAGCAGACGAGCCACGGCCCUUUUGUUUUAAAGAGGAGGAGCCACAGCCCCCUCACAUCAAAGAGGAAGCGGUGGAACACAGCGUCAGUCAGGAGGGAGAGCAUAUUGAAGGACUGGUGGAGUUCCCAGUGACUGGUGUCCCUGUGAAGAGUGAAGGUGACGAGGUCAAAGGUGAACGUGAGGAGACGAAAGGGGCGGAGCCUCCAACACAACACAUGACAACAGAAGCUGAUGGAGACAAACUUUUAGCUCCACUAUCAGAUAGCGAGGACACAACCUCACACAAUAAUGCAUUGGAAAAACCUUGCAGUUGCUCAGUGUGCGGCCACGCCUUUUCUCAAAUGUCCUCUUUGCACCGACACAUGAGGACGCACACGGGAGAAAAACCCUUCCGCUGCCCGGACUGCGGCAAAAGCUUCUCGCAGAAGGUGACCAUGGAGUCGCACGCGAGGACACACACCGGGGAAAACCCCUUCCGCUGCGCCGUCUGCGGCAACGCCUUCACCCAGAUGUCCUCGCUGCGGCUGCACGCCAAAACGCACACCGGCGAGAAACCCUUCCGCUGCUCGCACUGCGGCAAGCGCUUCACCCAGAGGGCGCACAUGCUCUCGCACGUGAGGACGCACACCGGGGAGAGACCGUUCAGUUGCCCCGUGUGCGGCAAGGCGUUCGCUCAGACGUCCACUUUGAAUCAACACCUGAAGACGCACACGGGGGAGAAACCUUUCAGUUGCUCCGACUGCGGCAAACGCUUCACCCAAAAGGUCACCAUGCAAGCGCACAAGAGAACGCACACGGGGGAGAAACCGUUUAGUUGCUCGGUAUGCGGUAAGGCAUUUUCUUUCCUAUCCUCCUUGGAUCGACACAUGGAGAGGCACUGAUGGUCGGCCUCAUGUGACACGGGUGUGGUUUUUCUUUUGUGUUUUGUAUAAAUCCAUCAUGCACAGAGUUAUGACAUGUUUUUAGUUUCACACUUCACCAUGGUCAAAGUAGAGCGGACAUAAUCAUACUCCUUUUUUUCUCCUCUCAUAGAAUUUGUUAAUACAUUUUCUAUUCGGGAACUCUAACUAAUGGUAGAAUAUGUCACAUUUUUUAAUGAGGUUUAAAAUGUUUAUCAGGAUUCUUCUAUUUUGAGUGUUGUUGCGUUUCGGACCAGUUGUUCCUCCCAGGGAAUUCAAGUCACAAUUCGCUCCCAAGUUCUUUCCGACACUUAAAGCUGAGUUGAAAAAACCACCAGAGACAGAAUAGGUAUUUUGUUGUAUAUUCUCAAAGCUUUGCCAAUAUACAUUGAUUGAGACCAGUCUAACCAUAGAACAUUCUAUUGCGCCUCCCAAAAAUGGUCUGUCUUCCCAACGCCAAAAACCUCUCUCUCCUUCCCCCUCCCUAGCCAUAACACAAGCACAACGUCUCCCUAGCCAUAAUACAUUCCAAAGAACUCAAGGUUAACACACACAGUUUGCUUGCUGACAGAGCAUCAAGAGAAGAAAUGAUAAAACACCAGCUGUUUUCAAAUAUGACAAAGAAAUGGAAGAAGUACCGUAUUUUCCGCACUAUAAGGCGCACCUAAAAACCACAAAUUUUCUCAAAAGCUGACAGUGCGCCUUAUAACCCGGUGCGCUUUAUAUAUGGAUAAAUAUUAAGAUUCAUUUUCAUAAAGUUUCGGUCUCGUAACUACGGUAAACAGCCGCCAUCUUUUUUCCCGGUAGAACAGGAAGCGCUUCUUCUUCUACGCAAGCAACCGCCAAGGUAAGCACCCGCCCCCAUAGAACAGGAAGCGCUUCUUCUUCUACUGUAAGCAACCACCCGCCCGCGUAGAAGGAGAAAAAGCGCGCGGAUAUUACCGUACUUCAUUUCCUUUGUGUGUUUACAUCUGUAAAGACAACAAAAUGGCUCCUACUAAACGACGGGGAUCCGGUUCAUGAAAAGACGCAAUCUCUCCAUCCGCACACGGAUUACUAUUUCACAGCAACUGAUAUUCCUGUGAACCGCACUGUGGAUACAACGGGAGCACGUACGGUGAAUAUUCGCACCACAGGGAAUGAGAAGUCAUCCUUCACUGUGGUUCUAGCUUGCCAUGCUAAUGGCCAGAAACUUCCACCCAUGGUGAUAUUCAAAAGGAAGACCUUGCCAAAAGAGACCUUUCCAGCCGGCGUCAUCAUAAAAAGCUAACUCGAAGGGAUGGAUGAAGAAAAGAUGAGCGAGUGGUUAAGGUAAGUUUAAGUUUACGCGAAGAGGCCGGGUGGCUUUUUUCACGCAGCUUCGUCCAUGUUGAUAUACGACUCCAUGCGCGCCCACAUCACGCUGGUUUUUAAUAUAUUAUUAAAGUUUGACUGACCUAUCUGACUGUUUUUUUGACAUUCCUUUAGCGCAGUUAGAUGCGGCUUACAACACGGGGCGGCUUAUAGGUGGACAAAGUUUUGAAAUAUGCCGUUCAUUGAAGGCGCGGCUUAUAACCCAGGGCGGCUUAUGGUGCGGAAAAUACGGUACAACUUAAAUUCGGAUAUAUGUAAAUAUCUGCCUCCGACAGUGUGAACUCUUAUUCAAAGUGGAUCACAUUACUACAUUGUUUAUGUAUUCGUUCCAUAAUUGUAUUCCACUUACGGACAUGCUAAAGGUUUCAAGUGUUGUACGCGCAUACACAUUUAUAUUUCUCCUCUUUUUUUGUCGGCAAUAAUUGUUGUAUAUUCUUGGCCCGCAGCUUAUAGUUUGCUUUGUACAUCAUUUUAGAUGUUCGCAAAUGCCCCAAGUCAUUGAAUUUAAAUAUUUUGGAUUCAAUAAAUAAAGUGUGUGUUAUUCUAACUGACCUAUUUUGUAACUCGGUUAGUGAACGAAGUGUACUUUUGUAGUUAUUUCUGCACAACAACUUGGAAAUGGUAACACUGGCGAGCAGUAGAGAAUACGAACUGACUUUUGGUCCAGAAUAUAUUUUGCUUUAUUAUUUAGUAUUUCUUGCCGCCUUUUAUUGUACGUUUUUAAUGAGGCUUUGUCAUUCAAUGAGCUAUUAUCACACCCAACAACGUGGUUUCUUUUACUCUUUCAACGUCUACUCCGUCUGUUUGUAUUUGUGUUGGACAGUUUGAACAUGUUUGGUCCCAGUAUUGACUCCUGGGGUACGCCGCAAUUUGAAUUUGAAGUUUGUUCAUGCCACAUCUCAAUGGUUAUACAAUCUUAAAGGAGAAUUGUGCCUAUUGUUUGCAUUAUUUGUGUAAGACAAGAACACAUGUGUUUUUGUUUAUUUUUAGGAUUUUAUAUAUUAUAGAAAACGCUUGCAAGAUGCAACUAAUGGAAGUCAGCCAUGCAGCCUUCAAACUCUUCUAAGUACUUCUUCUUUCUUACUAAAUUGUUUCUAUUUUGACAGAAAAAAAAAGCAUGGAGAUGGCCUAAAAAAGAUAUUUUAACAAAAAGAUUCUUGCAAAAAAAAAUACUGAGUUUCUAGCCGCCUAGAACGGGCCUACUAAUGUUACAAAUGAGAAUGCAAGAACGUCUUUAUGUCUCUCGCAAGGAUCGUGGAGGAGAUGCAACAUUUCAGACGUGUAGUGAAGUUCCCCAAGAGAGAACAAAUGACAUCAAUCAAUCAAUCAAUCAAUGUUUAUUUAUAUAGCCCUAAAUCACAAGUGUCUCAAAGGGCUGCACAAGCCACAACGACAUCCUCGGUACAAAGCCCACAUAAGGGCAAGGAAAAACUCACCCCAGUGGGACGUCGAUGUGAAUGACUAUGAGAAACCUUGGAGAGGACCGCAUAUAUAUAUAUAUAUAUAUAUAUAUAUAUAUAUAUAUAUAUAUAUAUGAACAAACACACAAAAUAUGCAAUAUUUUCCGCCAAAAUAUUUUGAAUGCCCCUGUUGUCCAAUAAAACUUUGCAUAUUUUGUGUUUUUUCCAUAGAAAACAAUUUUUACCCCCCAAAAUAUUUCAAAGUGCAAUAUUUGAUGUGAAGCAAUUAAAGCCUUAAAUAUUAUUGGGGAUCCAAAAAGGGUCCCACUCAUAAAAGUGUUAAA